AUGGCUAGGCUACCUACCUAUUCCGAAGAAACGGUCCAGUUAGCUCUCUACGCUAUUCGAAACGGGCUAUCGCAAAUCCAGGCUGCCCGACAGUAUGGAAUUCCGCGCGCUACGCUCCAACAUCGAUUACGCGGCCGCCUUCCAAUAAAAGAUGCAAAAGAGAUAUCGCAGAGGCUCUCAAAUGAUCAAGAAAAGCACCUACGCAAUUGGGUCCUUGCCCAAGGCGCGUUGGGGCUACCGCCGUCACAUCAUCAACUAAAGGUCUUUGCCGCCCGGAUCCUCGUUGCUGGAGGAGACCUUGAACCUCUCGGUAAGAACUGGAUUGCCGGCUUUUUGCGUCGUAACCCAGAAGUUAGUACCGUACGAGGCAAGUCUAUCGAAUGCGCCCGUUUAAAUGGCGCUACUAUCCCUCGGAUCCAGUCCUGGUUCAAUUUACUAAGGCUGCCGGCACUGCAGGCUAUCUUACCCCAACACCGAUGGAAUAUGGACGAAACAGGGAUCCUAGAAGGCCUCGGCAGCAACGGUCUUGUACUAGGGAGCUCAGAGAAGAAGAUACAGCUGAAAAAACGGCUUGGAUCGCGUUGUUGGACUACAAUUAUAGAGUGCAUCUCUGUAACGGGCCAGGCCCUAAUGCCGCUGGUCCUUUUUAAGGGUAAAGACCUUCAACACCAAUGGUUUCCGGAGAAAUUGGCCUAUUUGGAUCAAUGGCGCUUUGCAGCAACCGAUAAGGGCUGGACUAGCGAUGCAAUUGCGUUAAAGUGGCUAAAAGAGGUCUUUAUCCCCGGGACGAAGGCAUCGAAAACGAAUAAACAGCUACUUAUUGUUGAUGGGCACGGAAGCCAUACGACAGAUGAUUUUAUGUACGAAUGCUUCGAUAAUGGUAUCUUCCUACUAUUCCUACCGGCACACGCCUUACACGUCCUCCAGCCUCUCGACGUAUUGUGUUUUUCACCUAUUAAGGCUGCCUACCGCCGGGCUAUUGAAGCUAUUGCAUUUUUAGCUGGUAGUAACGAUACAACGCCAAUCGGCAAGGCUACCUUUUUGCAAUGCUAUUACAAGGCCCGUACGGAAGGUCUUACGGAACGGAAUAUUAAGGGAGGCUGGAAGGGAUCUGGGUUGUGGCCCGUUAAUAUAGCAAAGCCUCUAAUGAGCCGCCUUCUAUUACAGACCGACCCCCCAGCCGUUCCAGAAGCCGAGGCCCUAAAAAGGCAGCUUGAGGAGGAAUCCGAUCCAUUCCGAACACCCUACAGAUCGUACGACGUUAAAGUCCUUAUUGCAAAGGUAUACGCGCCCGGCCAAGUUGAUCGGGCUGCUAGGCGGCUGUUUUGGAAGAUUGGCCGGGGCCUUGAUGCCCAAAACACCACCCUUGCAGAGGCCCAGGCUAAAAUCGCUCAAUUGGAAUAUCAAAUCUAUCGACUUAAGCCUCUAAAGAAGCAAAAAGUAGCCCAAGAUCCCAACGAGCGCUUCGCACAGAUUGAACAGAUCGUUAAGACUCGAGCAAGACUACAACGGGUGCUAGAUCCGGCCCCAAUAGCCGCCUUAACGUCUAGUUACGAAUUUGAGAGCCUUUGCUUUAAAUGGCAGCUUAAAUAG